AUGAAACGGAAGCUGUCGAGCUUGAAGCCGAUCUCUCAAGAAGCCUGGGAGCGAAAGCUUCGGGAGCGCGAAGGUGGCGAGAGCACCAAGGGCACAGCACAUCUGAAAGCCGGAAAGGCGCACCGCAAACCGGCGGAAGCGCCUGUUGGAGGCUACCCGGCCGAUGCUAAUCCCUCCGUUGCCAAGGAAGAAGAGGAGGUACCUGCUGCAUUCUCUCCACGGCAAAGUCUAUUUGACCGACGGCACUUCACCACGGUCGACAAGAACUUGGCUUACAUGUGGAAGACUUACAGCUUCUUCAUUCCUGACAGGGAGUAUUGCACAAACGUAGAGGGCCUGCUAGAGCACUUAUGGUUGAAGUGCACCGUAGACUGCUGCUGCCUUUUCUGCAACCGCAGAUUCCCAGACGCCGCCAGCUGUCGACGACAUAUGCUGGACAAGGGACACACGCGGAUCGGUACGGAAGCGCGAACCCGGCGAGGGAACCGUGACGAGCUUGGUUCACAGGAGCUGGAGGCGGAACUCGAGCAGUUCUACGACUUCACUGGCUCCACCCGUGAGAUCACGGAGCGCAUCACAGACCCAGAGCAGCGAGUUGCGUCUGUUUUCCGGUUUUUCGACGAAGAUAGGGAUGGCUUCCUCAACCUCGAGGAGCUGUCAGAGUUGUGGAAAGCCACUUCCACAGACACUGAACGCAGUGAACUGUCAGCCGCCAUGUACAAGGGCGCCUGCCAGCAGGUAGAUGCAGAUCCAAGGCAUGGCCUCACUGUGGAGGCUCUGGGGCAGCUCUAUGCCGAAGGCUUUGCUGACCUCGAGCGGCACUUUUCCGUUCUGGAGGACCUGCUGUCAAAGAAGCUGGCUUCCCGAAAGGCGGUGCUCCAAGCAAAGAGGAUCAAGCAAGCGGGUGGAAAGGAGAUUGAGGAGGAGGAUGAGGAUGAGCAGGACUCCGAGGAAGAGGAUGACGAUGAAGAUGAUGAUGGUGAUAGUUCAGGAACUGAAAUCGUUGAAUGCGACGACGAGGCCGAAUUCGAGGAGGUCAUGCGAAUACUGGGCUUGCAGCAAGCCACCGUUCUCGACAACGGUGACCUGAGGUUGCCCAGUGGCAUGGUAGCAGCCAAUAGGGACGUUGCUCAUAUUUGGCGGCAGAGAGGCACCCGAAAUGGCCAGCUUGUCGCAGCCAACGGAGGCCGGCUUGGUGGCAAGAGCGUGAGGGCCCAUCUUAUGCUUGCAAAUGAUGCCGCUGGCAAGGUCGAGCUGACCCGGAGGCAGCAGCAGAGGGAAGGCAAACGUGUUAUCGCCAUCUUGCGGGAGCAGCAGAAGCAGCACAUGAGACUCGGCAUGCAGAUGAACGCUGUCCUGCACGGGGCCCCGAAGAAGUUCCGGACGCUAAUGGGCGAUGCCUCUGGCGCCCGAUGA